CCCACCAAAGCUGGUGCUAUGUAUGCAUCGCACACUUGUACACGCUUGUACACUCAUAUGCAAAUAUGUAUAUUUGCUUGGACUUUUAGUUUAAUUUGCAAAGGAUAAGAUGUCACCUCGUCGUUAUUGAGAACAAUUGUAAUGUGACAUUUUUAAAACAGCUUUUUCACAAUACGUUUCUGAAUCAGACAUGUAGACCAACCACACGUCUAAAAGAAAUAUGUAGACCUGAACUACACCUCUGAAAGCAGAGUUCAGAAUGGAGUAGGAGGGACCUUAAGGGGAAAUUAGGAGAAAAGUGGAUGAGAAACGUUGUGAUAUUGUGAGUUUGUGGGAACAGAAGAGAGAAAAACAGCAAUGACAGACAUAAGAGUGGCAUGGUGCUUCUUUCUGAUUCAAAGUGCUCUUAAAGUUAUAACAGACACAGUGGAUGUAUGCGGCUCUUGCCAUCAAAAUGCCACCUGUGAUGAUAAAACUGAUGGAUCGGGAGGGAAAGUGUGCAACUGCAUUUAUGGAUUUGUAGGCAAUGGGAGGACUUACUGUGAAGAUAAAGAUGAGUGUCAACUGGGUAAUAUCUGUGGAGAUCAUACUCGAUGUCACAAUACAUACGGCAGCUAUUACUGUACCUGUCUUAAAGGGUACACCCCGUCCAAUCACAUGGCUACAUUCAUACCCAACGAUGGAACAUACUGCCAUGAUAUAGAUGAGUGCAAUGUUCAGGGCAUCUGUGGUGAAGGAGCCCUCUGUCAGAACACAGAUGGAGAUUUCACCUGCUCCUGUCAGAUGGGUUACACGGUCCACAAUGGAUCAGAACCAUUUAAUCCAAACCGGGAUGCAGCUUUCUGCAAAGUGAUAGACUGUGGAUCUCCUCCAUCAGUCCCCCACACCAAGCAGAUCUCCCCCACCCUCACACACUACAGCAGUGAAAUCCAUUAUGACUGCAUGGAGGGAUUUCAGUGGAAAACAGGAGAUAAUUCCGCAGCCUGUGGUCUAGACGGAAAGUGGCAUGGACCCAAACUGGUCUGUAAAGAAUUGACCUGUGGUGAGCCUCAUGUUUUGCCACACGCAAAAAUGAUUUGGAACAACAUCGCCCGAAUGGGAUCAGUGGUGCUGUAUGUGUGUGAUCCACAGUUUUAUAAUAGUGGACGUGAGAAUGUCUCAAUAUGUACUGCUUACGGGACAUGGAGCCACCCUGACUUCCUGUGUGAAGAGAUUCAAUGCGGUUCUCCUCCUGUCCUGCCUAACUCAGUGUUAUUUUGGAACGGUGUCAGUAAGAUUGGUUCUUUGGCUCUGUAUGACUGUAAAACUGGAUAUCACAGUUUGGAUACAGGAAAUGUGUCGGUGUGUAAAACUGAUGGUCAAUGGGGUUACCCAAAUUAUACUUGUGAAGAGAUUGUAUGUGGGGUGCCCGCUAUACUGCCCCUCACUGUACAGAUAUGGAAUGGCAAAGUAACAUUUAACAGCACUGUAACAUAUCAUUGCAAACACGGUUACUAUCCUAAACAAGGAAAUAAUAUAUCUGUAUGUGCUGAGAAUGGUUACUGGACAAAACCAACUCUGUUGUGCGAAGAAUUGACCUGUGGUGAGCCUCAUGUUUUGCCACACGCAAAAAUGAUUUGGAACAACAUCGCCCGAAUGGGAUCAGUGGUGCUGUAUGUGUGUGAUCCACAGUUUUAUAAUAGUGGACGUGAGAAUGUCUCAAUAUGUACUGCUUACGGGACAUGGAGCCACCCUGACUUCCUGUGUGAAGAGAUUCAAUGCGGUUCUCCUCCUGUCCUGCCUAACUCAGUGUUAUUUUGGAACGGUGUCAGUAAGAUUGGUUCUUUGGCUCUGUAUGACUGUAAAACUGGAUAUCACAGUUUGGGUACAGGAAAUGUGUCGGUGUGUAAAACUGAUGGUCAAUGGGGUUACCCAAAUUAUACUUGUGAAGAGAUUGUAUGUGGGGUGCCCGCUAUACUGCCCCUCACUGUACAGAUAUGGAAUGGCAAAGUAACAUUUAACAGCACUGUAACAUAUCAUUGCAAACACGGUUACUAUCCUAAACAAGGAAAUAAUAUAUCUGUAUGCGCUGAGAAUGGUUACUGGACAAAACCAACUCUGUUGUGCGAAGAAUUGACCUGUGGUGAGCCUCAUGUUUUGCCACACGCAAAAAUGAUUUGGAACAACAUCGCCCGAAUGGGAUCAGUGGUGCUGUAUGUGUGUGAUCCACAGUUUUAUAAUAGUGGACGUGAGAAUGUCUCAAUAUGUACUGCUUACGGGACAUGGAGCCACCCUGACUUCCUGUGUGAAGAGAUUCAAUGCGGUUCUCCUCCUGUCCUGCCUAACUCAGUGUUAUUUUGGAACGGUGUCAGUAAGAUUGGUUCUUUGGCUCUGUAUGACUGUAAAACUGGAUAUCACAGUUUGGAUACAGGAAAUGUGUCGGUGUGUAAAACUGAUGGUCAAUGGGGUUACCCAAAUUAUACUUGUGAAGAGAUUGUAUGUGGGGUGCCCGCUAUACUGCCCCUCACUGUACAGAUAUGGAAUGGCAAAGUAACAUUUAACAGCACUGUAACAUAUCAUUGCAAACACGGUUACUAUCCUAAACAAGGAAAUAAUAUAUCUGUAUGCGCUGAGAAUGGUUACUGGACAAAACCAACUCUGUUGUGCGAAGAGGUGGACUGUGGAGUACCCCCUUCUCUCCCCCUCUCAGUUAUGAUAUGGACAGGAGAGAGUAAAGUUGGAUCUAGAGUGGUUCAUAAAUGCAUUGAUGGAUUUCAUAAUGUUAGGAACGGUGAUGUGUCAAUUUGCAGUUCAGAGGGAAUCUGGAGUCAGUCUGAUUUUCUGUGUCAAGAAGUAGACUGUGGCGUGCCACCUUCACAGCCUCACUCAUUUUUAUUAUGGAACAACAGCUCCAAUCUGGGCUCGGUGGCUCACUAUGUGUGUGAAACUGGAUAUCACAGUAAGGGCGAAGGAAAUGUGUCAGUGUGUAACUCAAAUGCAAAGUGGAGCCAAAUAUACAUGAGAUGUGAAGAGAUAAACUGUGGGCCUCCGCCAGUAUUCCCACUAACAGAAAUAAACUGGAAUAAAACAUCUACACUGGGCAGUGUGGUUCAGUACAAAUGUAAAUAUGGACUCAAAGAGGAGGGGAACAAACACAUGUCAACAUGUACAUCAGAUGGAACAUGGGAAAAAGUAUCUGUAUCUUGUGCAGCACACUGUGGUCCUCCACCAGAGCUGCCACACACAGAGGUAGUGUGGGAUAACAAUACCGCAGUCAUCCACCGCUGUGUUACAGGAUAUUACAGCCACACAGGAAGUGACAUUUCAAUGUGUGACAUCAAGGGAAAGUGGCAGAUCGCUACCCUGCACUGCAGAGAGCUGAAGCUGACAAUUAAUGAUCUGGUGGUGAUUAAUGAAAGAUGUCUAAGCUGGAACGCAGAAAAUGAGGGACAUAGAGAGAAAUACACUGUGAUGAUCAUUGGUCUGCGAGACUUUGACCGAUUGUUCAGUGACAGGAGAAAAAAGCUGUUCAGUUCCUCGGCACUGAGGCCUGUUCUGUGUUUAAAUCUUUUGCCCGCUACAAACUACACCAUAACCAUUACAGCCGAAUCGACACGAGCCACCUCCACAGUUACAGCAAAUACCAACAUACCAGUCCCCCCCACACCAGAGGUCAAUUACAGUGAAGUAGACGCUCCAUUGCUCAUUCUCAAAUUACGGAGAACGACCAAUUCACUUGACUCAAUAUGUAUGUACCAGGUGUUUGUGUUACCUGUUGAGGGCGUGUUGCUGUUUGAUUGCAGCUCAUCACUCAGUCCGCGGUUCUUCUCUCAGGAGAGGUGCGACAGGGGGUACGUCACAGCCCAAAUACAGCUCAGAGGUCUGGGCACAGAAAUGAACUUCACUGUAGGAGACCAGCAGCUGUAUGGGGACUUUUUUAAUGCUCCUCUUGAGAAUGGAAGAGACUACUAUAUUAUUCUGCGCACUGUCUGCCAGUGGGGACGGUCCAGAACACAGGCCUGUGUCAUCUGGGCCAAAGCCAGAGGAACAUCCUACAUCAUGAAGAUAUCUGCUCUGGUAACUGUUGGAUUCAUAAGUGUCUUUGGCUCAGUCAUUGUCAUGGGAUACUGUUACAGAUGGUACUGUAAAAAGUCCAGCCACAGAAUUUGGUCUCCGGUAUUAUAGAUGAUCUUAAAUUAUUGCUUCCUUUGUAAUGAAAUAAAUCAGAUCCAUUUGACUA